AAAAUUCAAAAUUCACAUGUGUUUCACACCAAAGAGGAUCGCAACUCCGCACCUGUGUUGUUUUUGUAAUUUGUAAAUUAAAACAUGGCCAUAUCCUGUUGAAGAGGGCAUGAGUUUUGGCAAUUCUUUGUGUUUUUCUCAAGACUAUUUCACGUAUUCGAAAUGUAUCGGAUCUUGAAAUCAAGAAAUUUCAGCUACUGCAAAAUCAAGACCAUAAGUUCAUUCGUCAGGGAAGAAACCUUUCAAAAAUUGUGCUCUCAUUGCAAUGCGGCGCUCAUGCGGUUGGAAGUUUCUCGGAAACCUAUCCAUACCAGCUCAUUUGCCUUGCAAUCACCAGAGGCUAAAUCUGAUGAUAAAAAGCAAGCAACCAAACAAAAUACUGACAGGGCUAAUUAUGCUGAAAUUCUAUCAGUCUAUGGAAACAGUAGCAAGGAAACUAGACAACCCGUGGGAAAAAUGAAAGUAAACAAGCUAUUGAAAAACUUAGAAUCCAACACAGAGAAAAAGGGGGAAAGAAAUAAAGAAGAUGAAGCUUCCAUAUCCACUCUUGAUAACACAAAUCAGGAUUUAGUCACCAAUAACAACAAUGCAUUCGAAAUACAUAUAAAGUCAUUGACUAAUUUGGGAACUAUUAAAAAGUCCUCCAAGUCUGCAAAAAAGGCUGAUAAGUCUGCUCUCGUAAAAAACCCUCUAGAAGAUCAAGAAUUUCUGUUGCAUACGGAGUCAACAUCUGAAAGCCUCUUGUGCUACUUGGACGUCUGCGUUUCUUGUGGAUUUUUGAAUAAGGCGUUUAGCGUGUUCAACAGCCAUGUGUCAAAACAUCGCCAAGAGCGUCCUACUAUCGGAAAACUCACUAAUAUCAAUUUAUACAAUACACUACUACGUGGUUAUGCUGGAAGGGGAAACUUCGACAAAGUUUGCGAGUUAAUGGACAUCAUGAAAUAUGAAAAAUUGAAUCCUAAUGUGCACUCAUACAUAGCUUGCUUUGAAUGUGUUGGAAGAGUUGGAACCAAUUUCCGAUCUGAUCUGCAACUCAGAGAGUGGUUAAGGCAAAUGACAAGCCAUGGUAUAAACAUGCAAUCCUUGUUUGAUUCAGCAAACUUUCUAAAGGAUCAAAGGGAAAUGGUCCUCAAAUCUUGUCUGCUACUGGAUCAAAAUUUUGUACCGAAACCGAAGGCUGAAAAUAUGGGUUACAGCUGCCCAUUACUUAAGGAUUUGGAUCCUCAGAAGCUUGAAAAUCCAAAACGAUUGAAAAACGUAUUAACUGCUGCCGAUGUGCAAGAGAAAGCUGCUAUUCAAUUUAACUUGGAGCGAGAAGGAAGUGUGAUGGUGAAAAGUGUAGAGAAUAAUACCCAGCCUGCUGAAGUGACCAAUUUUUAUAGAGCAACUUUGGCCGAGCAGCUAGGAACUUGGAAAAAAAAAGCGCAGAAAGCUUUUUAUAGGGAAUUACAAUCCCUUCAGCAAACUCACAAUCAAUCAUUAAAGAUGACAAUCUAUCCUUUUUUGAAAAUCUUGCCUGCAGACGAUUACGUUGACAUCAUACUAAGGGAAAUUAGAAAUCUUGCUGAAGGUUCGGAGUCAUACAGCAAUUCUAUGCAUUUGCUUUACAAACAAUUGGGCAGUGAAGUAAUGGGGAGGUAUCAGGCCCUGUGGAAAACAAAUGCAGGCAUUACUGAAAUGACGGGGAAGAUCUAUCAAGAGUAUUGCAACUGGUUUGCUGAAAACAAUUCGGAGACAGUUAGCAACCCCAGAGUGAAAUGGAUGGAACUUAUGCAAGAAUUUGCAGAAAAUUCCUCGGUGCAACUUAUGUCAAAGGUGUGGCCCAACUACCUUCAGUUAAGAGUCGGAAAGUUUUUGUACAAAAUUAUUUUAUGUGACAUACAAAUAGAUGUGCAUCUUUUAAAACCCAAUUUCAGUGAAAAGCACAUCCUUCCUGCUUUUUACUCGCUAUACCGAUGCACUGGGAAGUUCAGUAGGGAAGAAGUCAAGCCUCAUCCUGUUGUGUCAAAACUGUUUCGGGGUGCAGCUCCAGAAUCGCUACAAUUUUCUACGUCUGAUGUACCAAUGCUGAGCCCGCCAGUUCCAUGGACAUCAAUCCGUUUUGGUGGAUACUUAAUAAAAAGCACGGAAAUCGUGAGAUUACCACUACAUGCUUACCUUCAAUGGAAUAGAAUGGACAAAGCACCAGUUCAGCAAAUAUAUCCUGCCUUUGACUCCUUAAACCAACUUGGAUCUAUUCCCUGGAAAGUAAACGAACCAAUGCUUGACGUUAUAUUGAAGGUUUUUACUUCUGGUGGUUCAUCAAAGCUGGACGUACCAGAACCACCGACAGCAUUUACAGGUUUUGAUCAAACAACAGCUGAAACAGCUGAAUCGGUGGAAAACAAAAAAUAUGAAGUAUAUAAGCAACAACUGGCGGUUCGGCGCCACAAGGCCGAAAUGUACAGCUUGUGGUGUGAUGCACUUUACAAACUGUCUUUGGCAAAUCACUACCGGAAAGAUAUAUUUUGGUUUCCUCACAAUAUGGACUUUAGAGGAAGAGUUUAUCCUUGCUCUCCCCACUUGAACCACUUGGGAUCAGAUUUGGCUCGGAGCAUUCUGUGUUUUGCAAAAGGGGAACCGCUUGGAAAGCAUGGAUUGGACUGGCUGAAAAUUCAUGUGAUAAAUUUGACUGGACUAAAGAAAAAAAACUCAAAAGCAGAUCGACUCAAGUACGCUAACGAAAUGAUGCCUGAAAUUCUUGACUCAGCAGAUAAUCCCGUGGAGGGAAGACAAUGGUGGAUGGAAUCUGAUGAGCCAUGGCAAACUCUGGCUGCCUGCAUGGAAAUAAGCAAUGCAGUUCGCUCUCCCAAUCCAGAGAAUUAUGUGUCCAGCUUUCCCAUUCAUCAAGACGGCUCCUGCAAUGGUCUUCAGCACUAUGCUGCCCUGGGUAGGGACACUGCAGGAGCAUUGAGUGUCAAUCUGUCACCAGCUGACAUCCCGCAAGAUGUCUAUAGCUGUGUAGUUGCUUUGGUUGAACAAGAGCGGGCAGAGGAUGCUGCAAAAGGAGUGCAAAUUGCACAAGUGCUAAAUGGUUUUGUUGAACGCAAAGUGAUCAAGCAGACUGUGAUGACAACAGUGUACGGAGUAACACGAUAUGGUGCUCGCCUACAAAUAGCUAAACAACUGAAAGAUUUAGACAAUUUUCCAAAGGACAUGGUUUGGCAGGCCUCCAGUUACCUUUCAUCAAAAACUUUUGCUAGUUUAGGGUCGUUGUUCACAUCCGCUAAAGAAAUCCAAGAUUGGCUCACUGACUGUGCGCGACUUAUUUCACGGAUUAAAUCGAAAAACGUUGAAUGGGUGACUCCACUUGGACUCCCUGUUGUGCAGCCAUACAUCAAGGAAACCAAGGCUCCUGAAAUGAGCUCGAAUUCUAGCACUAAAUAUAUCCAGAGUCUUUUCAACAUGGAUUCGUUCAGCCAACCAAAUACUGUGAAGCAGAAAAACGCAUUCCCUCCCAAUUUUAUUCACUCUCUGGAUUCGAGCCAUAUGAUGCUAACCUCUUUACAUUGUGAACAGAAGGGAAUAACUUUUGCUUCUGUACAUGAUUGCUUUUGGACGCAUCCAAGUACUGUGGACAAAAUGAAUGAGAUUUGCCGGAAACAAUUUGUUGCACUUCACAGUCAGCCAAUUUUAGAAGAUCUUUCCAAAUUUUUAUUUGACAAAUUUGGCAGUAAUAUGGCACAUGGGGAGCUGUUAGCAGACACUCAGAAACUAAACGACGUCCUACUUCAAGUGCCACCAAAAGGAGACUUCGAUUUAUCAAAAGUUUUAAAGUCGAUUUAUUUCUUCAGUUGAAAUAUGAAUAAAUUAAAUUCUAGUCAUUUUAGCUAAAAAGAUAUUGUAAGUU